AUGUCUUCAACGCAAUCCGAGCGCGCGAUGGAGGUGGCCCUCGCCAUCCCGGAGCUGCUCGAGUCCAUCCUGGUGCACCUGGACAUGACCACGCUGCUCGUGUCUGCAUCGCGCGUUAGCAAGUCGUGGAAGACGCUGAUGGACGCCUCGCCGGCGAUUCAGCAGGCGCUCUUCUUCAAACCGGUGGUGGUGGCCGCUGCGCCGUCGCGGGAUCCUGACCAUGAUCUCGACGACGACGACAAGGGGGCUGGUGGAGAACAAAGAGAUGCUGCUGCUGGGACGAGUUGCAAGCGCGCCCGCCCGGUGAUCAACCCGCUGCUGGCGAAAAAGUUCGACAAGUGCUUCUUCGACUUUGGGCAGACGUACUCGCUCCACCGGCGGGCGAACUCCUUCUACGAGAUGCCGUGGUCGCGACAGCCGAUCCGCGCGGUACAGGAGAUCUGGGGAGGUUGGAGCCAGCUAAGACCCGCCGACCUCGACGCUGAGACGGAGCAGUCCGAGAAGGAGUGCCGUCGGCGAUUCACGCGUCGGGGCGCAAGCUGGCGGCGGAUGCUCGUCUCGCAGCCGCCGCCGCCGUCGCUGGGUUACAUCAAGUUUGACAUCUCGGAGAUGCCCACCGAGGGCCACAGGGUCUGGAGCGCGGCCUUGAAACCAGGAUCCGACGAAGCUGGGCUGCGCAUGGGCCAGCUGUUUGAUCUCGUCCAGGACGAAGUCGGGCACCACGGGCGGCACUCGUUGUGGUUCCGCGUGCUCUGGGGCAAGCCGACGAGCAGCUUCGCGAUCUCGCGCGUGAAGGAGACGUUUGAGUGGUUGAUGGCGGAGACGCACGUCGUGGUGGAGCUCAUGCACGCGGACGACACGUCGCUGCCGAACCACCCGCAGGACCCGGCUGACGUGAGCGUGUUCGACGAGGCGUUCCGGUGUGACGAGCACACCGAGGUGAAGGUCCACACCGAGGAGGCGUUGGUAUAUCCCCCUGAGUUCCCCGAGUUCGACGGCCGCUUUGUCAUUUGGCACUGGAAGCUGCUGGAGCACGAGCGCAAUUCGGGCUAG